AUGCAGGGUCGACCCAAGCCCGCGAGGGCGUUCACUACGACCGCGAGCGAGCGCGAGAGGGAGCAGGCGCAGAGGGAUCAGCUCAGGGCGCAGCAGGCGAGGGUGGAGACCGUCGAGAAGUACUCGGGGCUUCGCAUAAAGAAUCGCGUCGUCGCCGGGAUGGUGGUCGAGGACAGGUUCGCGGACCUGCGGUUCUACCGCCUGAAGGACCUGAGGCCUGCCGUCACGGGUCGUUGGGCCACCGCGGGGGUGCUGGUGGAGAAGAGCCUGAAGAGCAGCUCCAACGGCGGCAGCUACAGCGUGUGGAAGCUCUCCGACCUCGGCAGGGACGACGCGUGCAUCUCGGUGUUCCUCUUCGGCCAGGCGCACACCGACAACUGGAGGGAACCCGAGGGCACGAUCUGGUCCGUCGUCGACGCGCAGCUCAACGAGUCGCGAGGCGACCGGGACGGAGGCCGACCCUCCGCCACGGUCGACGGCAAGGACCCGCGGGCGCUGUGGAAGCUCGGGACGUCCGCGGACUUUGGCCGGUGCCGAGGCGUCAGGCGCGACGGAAACAACUGCACGAUGCACGUCAACCGAUCGCUCAGCGAGUACUGCUCCUACCACGCGUCCGCCGCCCUCAAGGCUUUCACGAGGAGCGGCAGGAUGAACGUCGGCGUCAGGCGCGCACCGAAGUUCACGGUCAACGGCAAGACGGUGAUGGGAACCAGGGGAGGAGGAAACGGAGGAAAAACGCCCAGCCUACCGCCAGGCGUUCACGCAGCCGGCUACCGCGCCCAGCAUCAGCAUCAGCGGCAGCAGCAGCAGCAGCAGCCGGCGAGGACGUACGGCGACGAGGAGCGUCGCGCGAUCGCCGCCAGGCACGGCCUAUCCUCCGGAUCUCGAGGCGCCGCGAUGCUCGGCGGUUUAGCGCCUCGGGGAAACACAGCUGGCGCCGGGGCUCGUUUCGCCGCCGCCUUUGCCAAGCUGGACGACGGGAAAGAUCCGAGAAAAGAUCCGGAAAACAUCGUGCUGGUCGACGACGGUUUCGACUGCGACGGCGACGCGUUGCGGGACAUGAUCAAGGACAUGGCGUCGGCGGAGAGGGCCAAGGCUGUCGCCAAGGCGCUGAAACCUCCGGAUCCCAACGACUGGCGCCGCAAACCCUUGGGCGAGGUUCGAGUGUGUGUCGGCGUUACAAACGUGCCCGCGUCGUCGUCCGGCGCCAAGGCGGGCGCCAAGGCGGGCGCCAAGGGCCUCACACCCGGCGCGACGCGGACGACGCCGGGAUCCGAGGGGAGGACGCGUCUCGAAGCGCAAGCGGGGGUUGGAAAAAACGGUCCGCCGGAGAUGGACCCGCGGGGGGCGAAGCGACGGGGCGACAGUCAGUCGACGGCUAAACCGCCGGUUCCCGGUUCGUUCGGCGACGUCUUCGGCUGCGUUUUGGACGGUCAGGACGAUACGAAGCGGUCGAGGUACGCGGACGACGCCGAGGCGUUGGAGAACGAGCGCCUGAUGACCGCGAUGGACGCGUUGGAGAAGCAGGAUAAGCUCUACACCCAGCUGACCAACACUCGGUCGAUGAAGGUGACCGCGUCCAAGUGUGUUCACCCCGGCUGCGGCGCGGUGUACGAACAGGGACGCAGACCGACGCGGUGCUUCGAGGAGAGGCACCAGGCCAAGGCGAUCCAGGCGGAGAAACGCUGGUUCAAGUGCGCGAGCGGUAACUGCCAAGCGCGUUGCGUCACCCUCAACAAGCCGUUUCCCCCCCACAAGUGCCACAAGUGCGGUUGCGCCGACUGGGACAGGACCGGGAUCCCCGCGAGCGCGGGCGCGGCGGGUAAGGGGUUCGAGGAGGAGGUCGCGAACGCCAAGGGCAUGUUGGCGCGCGGCGUGGAGCACGGUUUCUCGCUCGGCGGGGGCGGCGCCGUGUACGACGGCGGAGCGCGGCACUUUGAGAGCAUCAUCGACGGUUGA